GUAAACAGCAUUCUCAAGCUUCUUCUUAACCAAAAGCAAAUGCAUGGGAUUCUUAACAACUUCAAAGUAAUCGGGGAGACCAAACAGUACCGGAUCGACAGCAUCUCGGAAAACCCAACCAUAUGGAUCGUCAAUGAGUUGUUGCACAAUUGGUAGGCAUUUAUGUGUAAUGGUACGUGAUGUAAGAUGCAACCCCUUGUUUAGCAUCAAGAGAUGCUGUUCAACGUCGCCUUUUGGCAAAGAUUGCUGUCCCCCGCUCUUCUUCGAUGCUCCACUGCUCGCUAAGUCUGGAGAUGCGUCGUUCUUGCUCUUGUUCUUGUUAGCAACGUCGACGGCACGCUUGAUUCCGAUUAUAGGACCCGCAUUCCCACUAUCUGACUCGCUAUUAAGGUUGAUCUUCUGAAUCUCGCGCAGACGUUUUCCUU